CUUGCUGCUCCACCUCCAAUCCACCUCCCGUUCGAUUUCUAUAAAUCUCCACGUGACCAUAAAGAUCUAAGGUCUAUGACUGGAAGAACUUGAUUCCUCUGGGCUACAGAGUCCACAAAGGUGUGCCAUCUCUGUAAAUCACAAAAAAAGAUAAGACAAAAGGUUAAUCAAACAGAACAAUGGAGCCCCAAGAAGACUGGAAUACAUCAGAGAAAUCCAAGCUAUUGCAGCCUGGGCCGCAACCAUACCAGGACCAUCUUAGACAGCCUCCUCCAGGGAACUUUCAGAGCACUUCUGGCUAUCAAGGCCAACAGUAUGGAGCUCCAGGGCCGUACGGCCAAGGAGCAUAUCCAGGCCAUCCUGUGGUCACCGUGCAGCCUGCAGUUUAUGUGACCGCCACUCCACUGGUGUAUCCAGAGCCAGAUUACCUGGGCUACUCCAUCUUUACCAUGCUGUGCUGCUGCUUACCUCUGGGCAUCGCUGCACUGGUUUUCUCUAUCAACACUCGGAAUGCCAACAUGUCUGGACAACAACAAUUAGCAAAGAGAAACUCCAAAAUGGCGUUCACUCUUAACAAUACUGCUCUUGGUAUUGGCAUUGUCAUCGCUGUGCUGUAUAUCACUCUCAUCAUUGUCAACAAUAAAAACCAAACAGAUCCAUAAUUGUUUGAGACAUAAUAGUUGGACACCUGGAAUGGGACUAUCCAAAAAAUAGCAUUGCAUAAUGACACAAGUAUAAUUUUUAAUGAAUUAGUAUUUUCAUCUGAAUGACUGUGUCUGUUUGAUCUGUCUGGCUCAUCUCUAGUGAAAAUUUAUGUUACUAAAACUUGCUUUAAAGUUGAUUGUUAUAUGUUUCAAAACCAAGUAAACUGUGACUAUCAAUGUAGAAGUAUUGAUGUUUUUUUUUCUUCCUCUCUACCUGAUUAUGUAUUUAAUUAAAACUUUAAAUGACCAGUAA